AUGCGUUCGCAACGUCAAUAAAUUUGAAGACAUUUUUCACUUUAAUCUAUUUGUUGUGAAAAUUUUAAGCUGUUUUAUAUCGAGACAUGCCUGCUUGAGAAUUUUAUAUGUCCUUAUGUCCUAUAAUGUGUGCACGUUGGCAUUCUUAACUGUACGCUUGAUAAUAAUCAAAUUUUAUUUGCAUGGUUACUCAUGUGUGAAAUGUAGGAGAAUUAUCAACGCAUAUUUCGCAGCUGACACACGCACGUCCAAUAUGGCCUCUAUUUUUGUUUUUUGUAUUAAACUUGUUCUUUGCAUACUGUUCUUGAGAACAUGCCAAGCAAAAACGCAGUCAAGAUAUGGGCGUGUCGUGACGUUGCAGAGUGGGACAGCUAACGUUGAAGUAUUUACUGAUGUGUGUAUAAAACCAAGAGGUGUUUUGCUUCAUAUUCACAGUGGAGAACUUGGUGAGUGGAAACAGCUGAUAACUUCAAGUAAAAGUAUUCUAGUUCCAGGAUUCACACACAGAAACAACAUGAACGACCUCAUUCAAUUGAAAUUUGACGUGCAAAUAUAUUACGACGAGAUUUUGAAUAUGUUUUCCCAAAAAGUUCACCUCAUAGAAUUCGAUAGAAGAAAUGGUAAAAUAAAGAAAAAAGAAGUUUUGAAUGAAAAUAAAAAGACUGGGGACAAUUAUGACGUUAAUCAGUGCAAGUCAGGGUUCAAUCAAUGGUGGCACAAUGCACCGACCACAACACGAUAUGUGAUCAUAAUUUCCGUCACUGUGGGCGCCUUUGCCGUCAUCUUCUUAUCGUGUUUCUUUGUUUUACGACUACCAAGUUCAGGUGAUAAAGACAGCUUUUUGUCAUCUAACAAAACUGCCUCCAGUGUAAAUAACGAAACUCUAAGCGACAGUCAACCAGGUGGAAUUUACGUUCCCUGCGAAGGAGAGCUGGAUGAUGUAUUUGGUAUUAAAUUUUCAAGUGAAGGAUAUACUCUAGUUGAACUUGUGGAUAAACAACCUUGCACCUCAUCUCCAGAUUCCAAACGAUCACAUGGAAAUGGAAACGGAAGUCAUAGGAACUUAAUGGAGGAACUGCUUGAAUCCAGAGGAAGAAUACCAUCCACUAUCAAACGUGAAAAGUUGAAAAAAAUGAUUAUCACUCAGAUUUAAAUCUCGUAAUUUCGAUUAAAAGAUUGUUGCUGAAGAGAACUACGUGAUCUUUGUGAACAGUAACCUUCCACUGCGAAGCUGAUAAGCAAUUCUUCGAUUGAUCCAAUGUCAUUGCUUUCUACACAAGUUUUUAAAAUGUCUAAAAAAUUUAUUGUGAAUAUAAAAUAAUUCUUAGCGUUUUCAUGUUUGUAAAUAUAAUUUUUUGUAA